UUAUUAUGUCUAUCUAUCACCUCUCUCCUUGCGCGAUUUGCGUCUCUUCUCGCUUUUCUUUCUCUCCUUGCGAAUCCAAUCCGAUCCCGUUCUUUGGAAUUGGAAAAGAGAGAGUCUUUUCCCCCUCAAUCUCUCUCUCCCUACCCAAUUCACCCAUAGGUAGGGUAGGUCUGAUUCGUCGCGUGCGUGCGUACCUUAGGCUGCGGUUGAUACGACGCGCGCGCGAAACUCGAUCGAUCCGCAUUUCGCCCUCUCCCCUUCCUUUAUUUUUUAAAGCUACACGCUGUUAUAUAAACACCAAAACCCCCGAUUCCGUGUCGUCUUUCUUUGUUUAGAGUUCCGCUUCGCUUCGUGUUUGCGUUUUCUCCGGGACGGCUUUUUCGUUAGCCGGUUUUUUGUCCUUCUUCUUUUCGAAUUCGAAUGCGAAUUUCGAGUUGGUUAGCUGUGCUGAAGCCCCAUUUUGCAUUUGUUGAAGGGGGCCCGCUUUGUGAAGCUAGCUGCGUAAGUUGCGAUAGGCUGUCGAACCUCUGGUGAGGGUUGAGGAGGGAGAGCGCGCUUUUCUCGGUGCCGGGGAAGAAAAGAAAAAUAAAGGAUAGGAAAGAAGGCAUACAUACAUACGUACGCUCAGGAUGGUGGAUUAUGAAUCUCGCGGGCCGCGCGGCGGGUAUAACCGGAAGAGGCGAUAUCGAGAUGACGAUGAUUACGAUCGCAGACAGCAGCGCCGGAGGUACGAGGAACCCCUCGCUGUGACGGUGCGGAAACAAUUGGCGACGAUCGCCGAGUCGGCUGUAAGGAGAGCUGAAGACGACGUUGUGCGGAUUGCGAAGACCAUGUCGGAACACUAUGAUGAUGAGGAUGAGGAGGUUAAGAAUACGUUUGUGAGCUUGGUUCUGCAGCUCGUCGGCGAGCAACCGCUUAAAAUCCCCUUCGUUGCUGCGACGGUGCUCACGGCCAACACGAUGAAGCCGGAGUUGGCGGCGGAGGUGCUAAAGAAGGCCGGGGAAAUUGCCCAGUCACAUAUUGAGGCGGGUAACUGGCGCAAUGUCAAGCUCAUGCUGCGGUUUUUGGCCUGCUUGCAGGGCCUGUUCGAGGGCGAAGGCAUCUUUCCGGUACUGGAGGAGCUGUUUUCUCGCGCUGUCGAUUUGCAGACGGCUUCUUCUGAGGAUUCACUGGGCUUGGAACUUGUAAAGAUCAUCCUUUUCACAAUCCCUUAUGUCAUGUCGUCAUCUGCUUCUGGCUUUGAAACACAGGCUGCCGCCCUUUUGGAGAAAACGGACAUCAUCGCCUCAACGCCACAUACUUUGGAGGCACUGGUUGACCCCUUCCCGUCUGACGAGGUGAAGGAGGAGAAAAGAAUGAGCGUCAUCGGCCUUCUACAGAAGCAGCUACAGGAAGAAGGAAAGCAGGGCUGGGAACUUACAUGCAUACCACGCCCCUGGACGGGGCUGAUGCCAACGACCAAACCAGAAGCAAUGCCCGAAGGGAACGAAGAAAAAGCAGGGGAGACGAAAGAAGAGAAAGAAGAAAAGGAACCCGAAGACCCCCUCAAGAAUGCCACCAAGCACGUAUUCCCCACAAUCACUGUGCCCAACCCAGUCCCCAACGGGCCCAAAUCUAUCUUCCCAGACGUCUACUUCUCCGUCUACUUCGACCAGGACCUAGAAACCGUCCCGCCAACCACUGACAUUGCCGCCUCUUUACUCCGCGAUUCCCUCACCGACACAAUCGACAUGCUCGACUUUAACCGCAUCGCCACCGCCAAAUUCCUCAUUGACGUCGAUUGUUAUUUCGCGCCCAAGACCUUCAUCAAGCGCGCCACCCCCUUCGACAAGAUCCGCGACGCUGUUGCGGCGGGUACCGCUGAUCGCUCGACCUGGAAGCCCGAAGAUGUCGCUGUUGACGCGGUGUUCUCGUUGCUCUUUCAGCUCCCUACGCCGCAGCAUAAGCUGGUCUACUACCACUCUGUGCUCACGGAGGCGUGCAAGAUUGCGCCUGCGGCCAUUGCGCCGAGUCUGGGGAGGGCGAUUCGUUAUUUGUAUAAGAAUGUGGAGAGGAUGGAUCUCACGCUGUCGUAUAGGUUUUUGGAUUGGUUUGCGCAUCAUUUGAGUAAUUUUGGCUUUACGUGGAAGUGGACGGAGUGGGUUGACGACGUUGAACUGCCAGCCGUUCACCCCAAGAAAGCAUUUAUCUGCGGCGCACUGGAUAAGGAGAUCCGUCUAAGCUUUGCGCAGCGAAUCAAGGGCACCUUGCCAGAACCAUACCAGGCGUUGAUAUCCGAAGGGAAAGAGAAAGAUACACCGGAGUUCAAAUAUGCGCUUGAAACAACCCCUUUCGCCACCGAAGCUCAGGAAAUCAUGCAAUUGAUCCGCAAAAAGGCCCCGGAGACCGAAAUCGAGCCACACAUCCUCGCCAUCCAACACGCUGCCGCCAGCCAACCGGACAUCGCGGACCCCCUUAUCCCGUCGACAGACGCCUUCGUCACCUCGAUCUGCUACGUCGGCUCCAAAUCCCUGUCACACGUGCUUUCCUGCAUCGAGCGCAGCAAAGAACGGCUCCUGGCCAUUGGCCCCAAGUCCCCUGCCGCCCGGCGCCAAAUUAUCACCUCGGUCCUCUCCUACUGGGCCGACCAGCCGGGCAUCGGCGUGAACAUCAUCGACAAGCUGCUCAACUACACGAUCCUGACGCCACUGUCGGUCGUCGAGUGGGCGCUUGUCGAUCACAUUGAGGGCGGGGCGGCGCUGGCGAAGGCGCAUGUGUAUGAGAUGGUUGCGGCGACGAUGGGGAAGGUGACGAAUCGGAUUCGCCAGAUUGUUGCGGCGAGGGUGCAGGCGGGUAUUGUGGAGCCGCAGCUGUCGGUUAUUGAUGAGACGUUGAGGAGGGAGAGGGGGGAUGUGCAGGUUAUGUUUGAGGUUAUUGAGGGGGCGCUUGAGGGGGUUAUUAAUGGGUCGAAUGAGAGUGGGAGUGGGAGUGGGAGUGGGAUGGAAGAUGUUGGCGAGGGGGUGGUGGAGGAGAAGGGGCUUAUUAGGGAAUGGGCUAGGAGGUGGUUGAGGGUUUUCAAGCGGCUACGAGCCGUUGAGGAGGCGUUUAUCGCGGAAGCGAUGGCUAGGGCUGUUCCUGUUGGGACGAUGCCGCCUGUGCAGCAGCAACCGGCUGAGACUGGGGCAGAACCAGUGACAACAGAGGGUGCCGCGGAUAAUGUUGACAUGGCUGAUAUAUGAAUAGGUGAGGGAGUAAGUUGAAGGUGAGGACGAUGCGUGAGGGCCUAAAUGAUAGUGAUAACGGGGGGUAAGAACCACUUUUUUUAGCUUCUUUGAUUGUUUUUUUAUCGUUUUUCUUUCCAGAGGUUGGUUGUAUGCAAGCAAGUAUAAAAUACUAGUUUUGUGGAUGCAGUCUGUUUCUGUCGUGUGCUUUGUGAUAAUAUUCCGACUGACUAGUAAAAAAAUUCGUUUGCUGAUUAUGGAUUGUGGCAUCUCUCUCUUUUCUCUCCCCUUCCCUCCAGGCAGCGCGGGCGCCUCCCUUGAGGUUUUUUGUUUAUUGUUCCUCCCGUUUUCUUGAUUUCCUCCCCUAUCCCAGCAAUUUCGGCACAAUAGCUGUUUCCAAAAAGGGAACAGAAAGGGAGGGAGAGAGAGAAAACAAAAAUGUAUAACGAGUCAAAUUCCUGUUCUUUCUUAGUAGUGGCUAGGUUAAAAGUAUAGUAAAAAAAGCCCCUCCCUAUUCAGAACCAUUCUCGUAGAGAGACCUCUGAGAAAUACUGCUCAUUAUUUUUUAUAUCUGCAAAGCAUACCUUGUAUACACAACAAUAAUCCUUCCCAUCCCUCUCCACUCUUUGCUUUGCUCAGCCUGAUGUUUUUUCCCAAUUCCCAAUUCCAAUCUUCAUCCAGUUUUGAUUUCAGCGGAAAGGGAGGAGAGGACGAACGUACGUAGCCAUAGCAGCAAGCCGGUCCACGAUCAACAUCUGGCCCGCCCGGCUGGCUGCCCAUGGGCGAAGUUGAGAAAUCAGAAAAAGCGAGAUAAUACGGGGGAACUCUUCUUCUCCUUUAGUUCAUUUUCAAAUCCUCCCUUCCCACUAAAGGGAGGAGCGAAAAAGCUCACCCUGAGAGAAUUCGGGAUUGUUUUGCUAUUUUCUCUCUCUCUCUCUC